CUGCUCAGUCAGUUUCGUGGAUAUCGCGGUUUGCGUCCGGAAAGUCAAGAUGUCGAUGGAUUUGGAUGGAUCAGUUCCCAUGUUGGGGCUGCAGGACCAGCCCCCGGUCGCUGCGACCAUUCUUUGUUGCAACUGCGGUGCUCCCAUCGAUGGAACCACUUCGGCUGGUGCUAUGUGCCAGGACUGUCUGAAACUGAAUGUCGACGUUACUCAAGGAAUCCAGCGCGAAUCGACUCUACUUUGCUGCAAAGACUGCGAGCGAUGGCUCCAGCCCCCGAACCAGUGGGUGGUCGCCAAUCUCGAAUCGAAGGAACUCCUUGCGCUUUGUCUGCGCCGUCUUCGUGGCUUGUCGAAAGUCCGCAUCAUCGACGCCAACUUCAUCUGGACCGAACCCCACUCGAAACGCAUCAAGGUCAACAUCACCAUCCAGCAAGAGGCUUUCCAGGGUACAAUUAUCCAACAAUCAUUUGAGGUGGAAUAUGUUGUGGCCGGUCAACAAUGUCCUGAUUGUCAGAAGAGUUUCACCCCGAAUACGUGGCGAGCUGCCGUUCAGGUUCGACAGAAAGUGCCCCACAAGCGCACUUUCCUUUACCUAGAGCAAUUGAUCCUGAAGAACGGCGCCCACAAGGAUACGGUCAACAUCAAGGAGGCCAAGGAUGGUAUUGAUUUCUACUUUGCGCAGCGUAAUCACGCCGAGAAGAUGUGCGACUUCCUCAACUCGGUUGUCCCUUGCAAGAUGCAAAAGUCCCAGGAGCUUAUUUCCAUGGAUAUCCACACGAGCACGAAAUCAUACAAACACACCUUCUCCAUCGAAUUGAUCCCGAUCUGCAGAGACGACCUUGUCGCGCUACCGAUCAAGCUUGCCCGCCAGUUGGGGAAUAUCUCACCGCUUACUCUGUGUCACCGUGUCGGCAACACAGUUAAUUUCCUAGACCCGACCACUCUCCAAACGGCCGACGUCCAAACCGGCACUUACUGGCGCUCGCCGUUCAAGAACCUCGCCGAUGUCACCCAGUUGAAGGAGUUCAUCAUUCUGGAUAUCGAGCUGACGGGCCAGUCGAAUGGACGGUUCCACCUCGCCGAGGCCACUGUCGCUCGCGCCACGGACCUAGGCUCCAACAACACCACGUACUUCACCCGCACUCACCUUGGUGGUGUUCUGCACCCCGGUGACUCCGUUCUCGGCUACCAUCUCAGCGGAACUAUUUUCAACGAUGAUAACUUCGAUGCCAUCGAGCAGAGCCACCAGUACGGAUCGACCAUCCCGGACGUUGUCCUCGUCAAGAAAUUCUACGCCCGCAAGAAGAAGCCCAAGAGCCGCGCCUGGCGCCUCAAGCGCAUGGCUCGCGAGUAUGAGGAGGAGGCUCUUGCGGGAGCUGGCCAGCAGAGCCGCAAGAAGGAGCAAGAGGCUAACCGUCUCGAGGAGGACUUCGAGAUGUUCUUGCGCGAUGUCGAGGAAGACGAUGAGCUCCGGCACACUCUGGACCUGUACAAGGUUCGGAAACAGGCCCAGGCGGCGGAUGCGAUGGAUGAGGACGAGGACAACGAGAGUGAGGAUGAAGUGCCGCAGAUCAACAUGGACGAGCUGCUUGAUGACUUCGACGAGCUGAAUAUGGAUGACGAAUGAGCUUUUUGCGAGUAAUAUCCCUGAUGAUCAUGGCUGGUGUUUAUAUUCUACUUUUCUAGAGGGGCUCAAGCCGAUACGAAAAGUUUCUGCUUGGUUUUGGUUUUGAUUAAGGAUUCAAGGUUCAUAGCAUCCAUGACGGCAUUUCAUACUUUCAUCUUUGCAAUAAAU